UCGCGUGUGCACUGGUGCAGUCCUGUUUUUGAGCCUCGAGUGGGGAAAGAGACAAAAAUUUUGUCCAAUCUCUACGUGAAAUGGUGGUUUUUUGAGAUCUCUGCAGAAAAAGCAUAUAACGAACAACGAUCGAAUACGAAUUCUACCCAUAGUUUGGUGGCUGACACAAAAUGGCAACAAUCGAGCAGCUGGGUUAUAGUGCCUUUUUCAUAGCAUUAACUUGCAUUUUUGCGAUCGUUGCCCGCAGGCUAAACGAGCGCCUGUCGAAAGAUGGGCUGGUGAAGGAGCUGAUCUUCGAGGCAAUUGCCGCUGCCGAGCUGUGCGGAUGUUGUUUCGAGUUGAUUAUUGUGGCGGACAAUUUCGGAGUGGCAACGUAUGCCGUGUUCCUGUUCUCCCUCACCAUCUGGUGGGGACGCAACUGGGGCUCGGCUACCGCUUGUCCGUACACCUAUAUGGAGCAAAUUGUUGAAGGUGAAGUCAGUUUUAAGGAAGCCGCCCUCAAAAUUUGGGCCCAGCUUAUGGGCGGGUGUUGCAUAUUCCGUUACGUACAACUUUACUGGUGGCUGGAGCUAGCGGAAACCCACCAAGGCAGAGCGUUUGAAGAUUGCAAAGCCGAUCUUCAGGUAAACUUGUACCUUGGUGCGUUCAUUGAAGGAUUCGCGACCCUCUGUUGCCGGUUGGCGUCGAAGGUGAUCUCGGAAAAGGAUGCGCGGUUCGGUGCGUUCAUCGACUCGUUCAUUGGUACCAGCCUCGUGGUUGCCGCUAUCUUUAUGGUUGCAGCGUUCAACUACUCUGGUGGCUACUUCAAUCCGGUUCUGGCCACGGCGCUCAAGUGGGGCUGCGCCGGCAACUCCGCGUUGGAGCACAUCAUCGUGUACUGGAUUGGGUCGUGCGUUGGCGCCGUGCUGUCAGUGCCCCUCUUCAAGACGGCCACCUUCCGCGAGAUGUUCCUAGUGGCGAAAGCCAAGGCAGAAUAAGCAUGAUGCUAAUGAUGAUGAUAAUGAAGAUGAUAAGUAACUUAACAAAAUCUAGUCAAUUGAAACCAUGUGAUUUAACCACAUGGAACGAUUUAUUCAUAACGAUAGUGUUGUUGCGAUUUCCCUUCCCGAGACCCGUGCUAGGGUGUGACGCAUCGAGCUCGUGUGGCGUCUGAUAUCAGUUCGUCGUUAGGCUAACAUGUGAUUAAACUGUAACGAUUCUAAAGACCUGCAACGUGUGGCAGUUGUACGAGCGAAUUAUGAGCAACGAAUAAACAUGGUUGACGUUAGU